AUGACGCGGGGAAAGCAGAAAAUCGAAGCUCAGAAGCGUAACGCUGAAAAGAAUCAGAAAUCGAAAGGCUCUCAGAUUGAAGCCAGAGCCGAAGGUCUCAAAAUCACCUGCCCUAUUUGCAAGGUCCAACUUGCAAAUCCAAACCAACUUAAUGAUCAUUAUGCCUCUAAACAUCCAAAGGAGAAACCUCCAGCAGAAUCAAGCUAG